AUGUCGGACACUUGUAUCGUCUGCUUAGGAGACUUGAGCAGUGGCAAUGGUGAUGUCGCAGCACUUCCUACGACCCUUGCCAAGUCUCCCCGGCAUGAUGCUGCCUCCGCCACGAUUUCGCAGAAGUCCCACCCAGAACAAAUCAACAAAGCCACCAACACCACGGAAGAAGUGUCUGAUGAGUUGAUUGCUCAUCUUCGACCUUGCGGUCAUUAUCUGCACAAUGAAUGCCUGACACCCUGGGUGGAAAGGGCCAACAGCUGCCCGAUUUGCCGCGCAAGUUUCAACUUGGUCGAACUCAUGCAUACCAUAAACGGCGAUGUGAUCUCCUCAUAUCCUGUCGAAGACCGCACUCAGAUCGCUGAGCUAGAUCCUUCCGUAUUCUUUGAGUUCGUCGACGAGGAGGACGAGGAUCAAGCAUGCCAGGCCUGUGGUGAAGAUGAUAACGAAGAUGUGCUCAUGUAUUGUGAUGGUUGUCAAAAGCUUUGGCAUACAUAUUGCGUUGAUCUCCAAGAGGUGCCUUACGGACACUGGUUCUGUGACAACUGUCGAGCGCAGCGCGAGGUCGAUCCCCGCCAACAGCGCCUUCCGCGGUCUGGUCGCGUUGGUCGCAGACGUACUCGAGGCCAGCAGCGCAGACAACGUGGCUACGACUCUAGCUGGAACGAAGUAUGGCAGACUGUCUGGUCACGCAUCAACCUCGAUCUCGAUUUCCCGUAUGAGGAUGACGAGUCAUCGGCGUCAUAUUUGAGACGACAUCGCCAGCACAGCCAGGCAAACAGGCAGGCCCACGAUGCUUGGCGACGCCGCAUGCAAGUUGCUCAGCUUCAGGGGGCUGGAAGUCGUUUUAGGGAGAUGGAGCCAGCUCUUCCUAGUAGUCCUGGGGGAGAAUCCACCCCAAGGAUUCGAAGACUCGGAGCUUCACCACGUCCACCGGCCGAGAAUCCCGAAGAGCUUAUGGCAUGGCAUGCUUUUGAGCAAGCGCAGGCGUCACCCAGUGAGGCUGGGUCUUCGAAGAAGAGGAAAAGAAGAUCUCGGUCUGCUUCUCCAAAAGAGUCAGAAGAUAGCGCUGCUCCAGUCAUCAAGCGACGACGACCAAGCGCAUCGGCUCGCACCAUCUCUGAGCUUGGUGCGUCUUCGACCCGCAACCCUCGACCUCGAGAGUCUUCACGCCUGGCUAGUCCAAUACCUCGAAGACAGCCGAUUAUAGACCCAGCCGCACCCAGUUUCCUUCAGUCAUUGCUGCAAGAGGUCGAAGAGUCCGGCUCGAGUUCACACAACAUUCACCUCCACCGACCUUCGCCUCGUCCUGCAGCCUCUCCUCCCGCAGAGCAGAACUCACCGCAGCCUUCGUCCCCACUUCUGUCGCCAUCGCCCUCCAAUCACUCCUCACCUCGAGCAAUGUCGGCCACUCCGCCGCCUCAUACUGCCUUGAGGCCGAGCUCACCUACUGGUCUUACUUCACGCAUCGAGCCUGUCUUUCCCCCAACAGAAUAUUCUCCCUUACGGCCGAAUUCUCCAGAAUCGAAUCAUUCCAAGCCUGAACCACACGGUCAUCGACCCACAGCCGCCCUGAAGACAACCCCUUCCUCUUCUCUCACCCUAGUACAACCAAAACCCAGAAGCCGAGUACCGCGCAUCCUUGAAGCCGGCUCGACGUCGAAUGCUCAACCGCGAUCGACAGAUGCUUCUCCAACUCGAGCAGGUAUGUCCCUGUCUGCGAAAGAAGAUGUGCAGAAGCUAGUCGCGACUGCCCUCAAGCCACAUUACCAUGAUCAGAUCAUUACGAAAGAUGAGUACACCAUAAUCAACCGCGACGUUUCCCGGAUGCUGUACGAUAAGAUCGGUGACUUUGAGGCGUUAGACGUGGACGGAAAGGCCAAAUGGGAAAAGGUCGCCGGCGCCGAGGUACAAAAAGCCGUCAGUGCACUCAAAGCUCAAGGGUGA